AUGGAUACGUUUCAAGCAAGGCUUGACGCCCUUCAGAAGCAGUCCAAGGAGCAGAUCACGGCGGUAAUGGCGGCGCUGCAGGACGCGUGCAGUGAAGGUACGCAGCCGGUGAGAAUAGCAGUGGCUAUCGGCAACCGACUGACGGGUAGUCAAGUAGCAGCUUCUUUCCCAGUUAUCUGCCUCAUAGACGCCAUGACGACGAAGCAGGAGGAUGCACAUAUCGCGGCAGUUUUGGAGGAGUUCUGGCGUAUUGCACCACCUCUGUUUCUGAACUACGCAACGACGGACGAGGCGCUUCGGGAAAAGGUUAUGCGAGCACUGAAGCGAUGGGGAGGGAAAAAAGUUUUUUCACCCUCCAUUUCUGAAAAGCUACUGGCCGCAAUGAGCGGAAAGGAAGUGAAAGAAGUCACGGUGGAGGCGAAUGAAGCAGACAAUGCACGACGUGCGAGUAAUGAAACAAAAGGCUCGAAAAUUGAUUUCACGAGAUCCGAGGUGUCUGGGUUUUGCUCUAUUCUUCAGACAUGCAUGAAGAUGAUUCAACAGCUUCCACCACAUCGAGCCAGCAUGUAUCUAGAGGUUGCACGGAAAGAAAAGCUUCUUCAGACGCCAUCGAGGUCUGCACUACUAUUUUUUAAAGGCCUCCACGCCGAGUUGACUCGUGAGUCUGCGCUCUACAACAGCAAUGUUGUCAAGAGUGAGCACCAGGCCUUCCCUGCGUUGAGUAGUGGCACUGAAACCAAGGCAGCGCUUGGUAACCUUUUAGACAGGCUCGCCAAGGAGCUGGCGUCUCCAGCAGCACCGGCCAGCAGUAACACAGAUCACUCGUUUCAUGUGGUACGUUACGUCUCGCCCUUACAAUCUGAUAUUUGUCAGCGUCUCUC